UAUUAAAGAGGCAGCUGCCACUACCAACGCUAUCAAUGUAGCAUCAGCAGAGAGAAUGAAAGAGUUCAAACAAUUUGACAUUGUCUCAGACUAUUCGGAUCAUUACUUUGCCUCUUCAAAUUUGAGCUUGUUUGGCAAGAAGAAAGACUGCUUCACAAAUGCUAAUUGUAGCGUCCUCAAGAGGAUCAUGCAAGAAUGGAAAAUCCUAGAGAACAAUCUGCCAGAAACUAUCUAUGUUCGAGUCUAUGACCAAAGAAUGGAUUUGCUACGAGCAGUUAUUGUUGGGGCUGCUGGAACACCCUAUCAUGAUGGCCUUUUCUUCUUCGAUUUUUCGUUUCCUCCUGACUACCCGAAUAGCCCUCCAAAUGCACAUUAUCAUGCACAUGGCAUGAGGCUGAAUCCAAAUCUGUUAAGCAAUGGAAAAGUCUGUUUGAGCCUCCUCAACACAUGGAUUGGUGAGAAGGAAGCUAGGUGGAACCCUCGUAGUUCCACAAUUCUCCAGGUUCUGGUGUCACUCCAAGGACUUGUUCUUAAUAGGAAACCCUUCUACAAUGAGCCGGGUCGUCCUAUAUUUCCUAAUGAAAAGCUAUCAAGGAGCUAUAACAACAAGAUUUUUCUUUUAUCUUGUAAGACAAUGUUGGUCUUGUUGAAAAAACCUCCAAAGAGUUUUGAGGGUUUUGUCCAUCAACAUUUUUGCACUCGUGCAAACUUUAUAUUACAAGCUUGCAAGGAAUAUAUGGAGGGUCGUGCAAUAGUUGGCUACUAUCGAGAUUAUGGAUCUCAUUCCUCCUCUGCCAUUGAAGAUUCAGCAGAAUUUAAGGCACAAAUGGUAAAACUCUAUCCAGGGAUGAAGCAAAUGAAGAGUCAAACCGAUUCAAUUGGAAAACCAAGGAUAAUUGAUCACAAUGAAAUUAUUGCUGCCCCCAUAGAAGACAACAUUGAUGAUGAUAUCUUGGUAGUGGAGAAACCUCAAGUAACACCAAACCUUAAUGUUGACAAAGACGUACAUGCCACAACCGGUGUUGCUUUAACAUGCGUGCAAGGAAACAAAGCUAUUGAAGAGCAGCAAGGUGUAGAGAUGGAUUCUAAAGAGAAUAUCAUGUUAGAGGAUGCACAUGAUGUGAUAUUGGAAGCUAAUGAAUCUGCUUUUGAUCAACCUUCCAUGGCGCAUGAAGACAACCAAGUCUCAAUCAACACAUACGGCGAAAUCAAAGAGGCAGCUGCCACCACCAAUGUAGCAUCAGCAGAGAGAAUGAAAGAGUUCAAACAAUUUGACAUUGUCUCAGACUAUUCGGAUCAUUACUUUGCCUCUUCAAAUUUGAGCUUUGUCCUCAAGAAGAUCAUGCAGGAAUGGAAAAUCCUAGAGAACAAUCUGCCAGAAACUAUCUAUGUUCGAGUCUAUGACGAAAGAAUGGAUUUGCUACGAGCAGUUAUUGUUGGGGCUGCUGGAACACCCUAUCAUGAUGGCCUUUUCUUCUUCGACUUUGCAUUUCCUCCUAGCUACCCCAAUAGCCCUCCAAAUGCACAUUAUCAUGCACAUGGCAUGAGAAUGAAUCCAAAUCUGUAUAGCAGUGGAAAAGUCUGUUUGAGCCUCCUCAACACAUGGAUUAGUGAAAAGGAAGCUGAGUGGAACCCUUGUAGUUCCACAAUUCUCCAGGUUCUAGUAUCACUCCAAGGACUUAUUCUUAAUGAGAAACCCUACUACAAUGAGCCGGGUCUUAGUAACUCUCCUAAUGAAAUGUUAUCAAAGAGUUAUAACAACUAUAUUUUCCUUUUAUCUUGUAGGACAAUGUUGAUCUUAUUGAGAAAACCCCCAAUGAGUUUUGAGGGUUUUGUCCAUAAACAUUUUUGCACUCGUGCAAAGUUUAUAGUACAAGCUUGCAGGGCAUAUAUAAAGGGUUGUGCAAUAGUUGGCUACUAUCAAGAUAAUGGAUCUCAUUCCUCCUCUACGAUUGAAGAUUCAGCAGAAUUUAAGGCACUAAUGGAAGAACUAUAUCCGAACCUUGAAAUCGCCUUGACCAAAAAUACAGCUUCAGUCAUUAAAUCGGCUCUCACUACUGACAUGAAGAAUGCAGCUCUAGGCCUUCACACGACCAUUGAAGAUUCAGCAGAAUUUAAGGCACUAAUAAUGGAAGAACUCUAUCCGAACCUUGAAAUCGCCUUGACUAAUAAUACAGCUUCAGUCACUACAUCAGCUCUCACUACUGACAUGAAGAAUGCAGCUCUAGGCCUUCACACGACCAACAAUGUUGCAAAUCUUCUCGAGGGAACUGAUAACCAGUUUUACAAGACACCUAGUUCCAUCCUCUAA